CACACGUCCGUGGACCCACUUGCACUCCGACCGCACCGGACCACCGUCGGCCACCGGUGGAGCCCCCCACUCCCCCCCUCCCGCCCCCCCGGACGAGAGUGAGGCACGGCUACCUGCAGGAUCCCUCUACUAACCACCCACCCUCCUCAUCUGGUCUCCUCCUCUACAUUCAUUCAUCCCUCGCUCCCCCUGCUGCGAGAGGAAGCGUGCGCGGCUGAAGGACACAGCGCUGCGCUCUGCUGAGAGAGUUGGAGAGCCCGAUCGGACGAAAAAGAGGGGGGAUGCAAGAGACUGACUGCUCUUUUUCUUUGACACCCCUCUCCACCUCCCUCCCUCUCUCUGCAUUCUUUCCCCCCCCCCCCUUUGCUUUUGAAUGUCACCUCUAUCUCUGGGCAGUAGUGGAUUCAUCAAGCCGUUGUGUGUCUCUUUUCCUUCUUCCCUCAGAGCGUAAGUGAUCGGAGGGGUGAUGCCAGGAAUCAAGGCACGCUCCGCUCACCAGAGACCGCAGACCUGGUAACUCGGGCCGGGCAGGACUCCUCCAUCUACUCGUCUCGCUCUGACAGUCGCGGAUGGAGGGGGCUGCAUCGGUGAAGGACAGAAGGUGAAGGGUUUGAUAUCUGGACAGUGUCUUCUCUGUUUGGCAACGGACUGAGGAGGUUAAAGCGGGACAGAGCCGAUGUAUGUUUGGUCCGGCGAUGUGGCGGGUGGUCAAGUGUCCUCUCGGACUUGGCUAAGCUGAACUUGGCCGGAGCCGGCGGUGCUCUGGGGAGAAUUUUGAGAGGAGAGCAACAUGGCACGUCACAGCAGGAGAUCGACGCCUUCGAACCGAGGAAGAAUCGAUUGCUUCGCCUCUUUCGCCAGCCGUCAUCACAUUUCCACGGGAUUUUGAAGUGUCCGCCCUGAUUUUCUGCCCCGGCUCAUACCUAACCCCUGAUUUCUUUGGACCGUCCCGAAUCAGAACCCCCCACCCUCCACCCCGACGCCUUGGUCCUCUCUGCAGCUUUCCCUCAGAGGUGCUUCAUCGCCCUGGGUAAGCAGGUGGAGGGGGUGGCCCGUGGAACCCCUGGACACCUCGGCGCCACCGAGCCGCCAAAGGCCGGCGAGGCGGGGUAAGGCUCGGCGCUGGGAAGAUGGCCGCUCUCGCCAGCUCCCUCAUUCGCCAGCGAAGGGAGGUCAAGGACCCCCAAGCGAACCGGCAGAUUGCCAGCAAGCGCAAGCCCUGCCCGAAGAGCAACAAGUCGCUCUGCCAGAAACAGAUUCUCAUAUUGAUAUCAAAAGUUCGACUAUGUGGCAGUCGAGGGAGAAAAAUGGAAAAAAGGCCCGAGCCCCAGCUGAAGGGCAUCGUCACACGGCUCUACUGCAGACAUGGAUUCUACCUCCAGAUGCUGCCGGAUGGCACCAUGGAAGGCACAAAGGACGAAAGCAGCUCCUUUUUGCAGUUCAACUUGAUUCCUGUGGGACUCAGGAUAGUGGCCAUCCAGAGCACCAAGACGGGGCUCUACAUCGCCAUGAACAGCGAGGGCUACCUCUACACUUCGCUGGCGGUAGUCGCUUCAACGGGAAGAGAGCGGAUCCGCAAAUAG